AUGGACUUCAACUUUGGGCAAGAUGCCCCCCAAGAUUCAGGCUCUGGCUCUGGUUCCAACUGGCUCGGCCUUGGUCAGCGCGGCACAUUAACCUCUUCAUCGCCCGGAGCGCCUAACACCAUGCCCGAAGGUGAUGAUCCUUCGUUUGCCGAGUCGUUUCGCCCAGAGGCUUCUCCUCUAUUCAAUCCCCUCUUCAUGGGACGCGCUUCAGCUGCUACCGAGAAUGCGCCUUCAAUGGCCACGAGUCCCGGUCCUGCGCCUACUUGGCCAUGGCAGCGCGAUCCCGCAGCUCUAGACGAUACUACCUUCAACACAGAUACUCUUGGGUCACCUGAUGCCUCUGCCUUAUCUGAACAGCAUUCGCGCAUGUUUUCCUCACCCGAGAAGCCGACGCCACCAAAGUCCGUCGCCGCUUAUAAGGUUAUCUCUCCCGAACGAGCCCCAUUUUCACCGUUACAAGAAUCGGCCGCACGCGCGCAAGAAGACUCCAUUGUAGAACCGGAUGUCGUUGAGGAAGCUAGUCCAAAUGGAGGCAUUGAUUCUCGUCCGAUCGUGGAAGAGGCGCGAAUUGAGAUUCAUGAGCACAUCGAAACAAUCAUCCAGUCCUCGGAGAAGCAGCCUGAAGGCGGCCUUUCACAACAAGAGCAUGGAGACGGUACUGGAAACGGCGAAACCGAGCGCGUCGAAGAGACACCGACUGAGACACCCGUCGAGCCGGCGACCGACGAUGAUGACAAGUCCACCGAUGGUCAAGAAACCCCUGCGCAAGAACAGUCGAAAGUCCUGGAGCCCAGCUCAGCUCCUGCGGCAGGAUCCAGCUCACUCAGAUCCGCAUUGCUCUCUGUUGGGCGAGGAUUGAUGAAGCGCAUGUCAGCACCACCGCCUGCAUUCGCUACUCCCUCUCAACCAGAUGACUCUCAGUUUCGACGAGCCCUGUCUUCACAAGCAGACCAACAGGCCGACAGAACUAGUUCAACACCCUCCCUAGCUAUUGAAUUGAAGCCCAUGUCAGAGCCCGAAAAGGCAACCUUCAGCGAAGCUCCUACUCCUAGCGAGGAAGCACCGCCUGUCAAUGAAGCGACGCCGGCAUCACCCGCAAAGCGAGGAAGACCCAAAAAGCAAAGUCUAGUUGGCACUUCUCUAGAAUCUGCUACAAAGUCACCGCGUGGGCGUCGCAGUAUCGCUUCUGCGCCAGCGUCACCUGCAGUGAGGAAAGCUCCCAUAUCAGCCGCCAACCGCGUCCGCAAGUCCAUGCCCGCAAGCGUCCUUGCCAACGAAACACCCAAAAAGCGUGGACGGCCAAGAAAGAGCGAUGUUGCCGCUACUCCAGUACCGCCCCCCAGUACCGCAAAGCGAGGACGGCCACGAAAGAGUGAUAUCGCAGCAACUCCGGCUGCACCCCCAAGCACCGCAAAGAGAGGCCGACCCAGGAAGUCGGAAGCUACUCCAAUUGUCGUCCCAAGUGCUUCAAAGCCGUUGUCUGCCAGAGGUCGCCGAGUUGCUAGUGCCAGUAAGGCGGUAGUUACGCCCCGAAAGGCCACAUCAACCCAGACCCCCAAGACAGUCAUUGGCCUCCGAGCCGCACCCGCAACACCUGCAUCAACACCCAAGCCCCGUGGACGACCCCCCAAGAACCCUCCACAACCAUCACCAGAAAAAGUCGAACCCGAGAUUGAAGCUCCCAAGCGCGCUGGCCGUGCGACUCGCGCUGUUGAUGCACCUGAAGAUGUGCCAGCCACGAAGAAGAGCACGCGUACUGUGAAGCCGCGCGCUGUGUCAUCUCCCGUCAGGAAAGGUCGAGCUGCAAGAACGGCUGCCGUUGCUGCUUCUACUCCUAACACCAAGACUGUAACCAAGCCCGCAACGAAACGGGGUUGUCAAGCUGCCACGGAACCCGAAGUCGAUACUACUGUUGAAACACCCAAAAAGCGCGGUCGUCCUGCCAAGACUGAGGCACCUGCUGCUGAGCCCAAGACGCGGAAGCGAGGUCGUGCAGCAGCCACCGAAGAGACUGCUGCAGAGGAACCAGCACCCAAGAAGCGUGGCCGAGCCGCUAAACCCGCCGUAGUAGAAGAAGAAGCUGCACCAGCUCCCAAACGACGUGGACGAGCAGCUGCCUCAAAGGCUACUGAAGCGACUGAGCCUGCGCCUGCUAAGAAGCGCGGCGCGGCGAAGACCGCCGCAAAGACAAACGAUGACCCUGCCACAGGCCCCGAAGCGGCCCCGAAGAAGCGUGGACGCCCAGCUGCUUCAGCAAAGGCCACUACAGAGGUGGCAACCGAGACAGCCACGAAGCGUGGUCGCGCAAAGCGAACUGCGCCCGAGCCCGAGCCAGAGGUUGAGUCAACUGAACCUCCGUCUAAGAAACGACGCGCAACACGCAAGGCCGAUGACCCUGCUCCUGCUAAGCCAACCAAGACUACCACUGGUCGAAAGGCUGGAAGACCCGCAAAGGCUUCUAAGGAAACUGUUGAAGAGCCAGCGCCCAAGCGUGGCAAGGCUACUCGCACCAAGGCUGCUGAACCCGCUCCAGCCGAGGAAGCACCCAAGCCCGCUGCCAAGCCCCGCGGCCGCGCUGCCGCCAAGAAGGCAACGGAACCCACUGCUGAGGGAGAAGUUGAGAAGCCCAAGGCCCGCGGACGGGCCACAAAAGCAAAAUCUGGAAAGGGAGAACUUCCCAGCUCCAAGAGCGUCGAUGCUCCUGCGGCGAAACGAGGGCGACCAGCAGCAGCGAAGGCUACUGCUACAAGUGCCAAGGCCAAAGGCUCUGCUCCUACCGGAGUGACCAAGACCGGCAGAGCAGCACAGACCGGUGUCCGAAGGGGACUGAGAUCAAGGGGUUGA